CCUAGCACUUUGUUGCUGAAGCAGGAGGAUGACUGUGGAUUCAACACCGGUCUGAGCCCCAAAUUGAACUUGCCCUUUUUGUUCUUCAGGAUUGAUUCUCCCACUGUUCAGCACACCUGGGAUGGGUAAUGGUGUACAGGAAGGCUCGGUGCGCCUGCGCGAAGAUGCUGAAGCUGUUCUGUCCGGGGCUGUCUCCUCAAAGAGAGACCACAGACAAGUGCUCAGCUCCCUGCUGUCUGGAGCCCUGGCUGGUGCGCUUGCCAAGACAGCAGUAGCCCCUCUGGACCGAACCAAGAUCAUCUUCCAAGUGUCUUCAAAAAGAUUCUCCGCCAAGGAGGCCUUCCGGCUCCUCUACUUCACCUACCUCAAUGAGGGCUUCCUCAGCCUAUGGCGUGGGAACUCGGCCACCAUGGUGCGAGUGAUUCCAUACGCCGCCAUCCAGUUCAGCGCUCACGAGGAGUACAAGCGCAUCCUGGGCCGUUACUAUGGCUUCUGUGGAGAAGCCCUGCCUCCGUGGCCCCGCCUCCUGGCUGGCGCUCUUGCAGGAACUACGGCUGCUUCCCUCACUUACCCUCUGGACUUGGUCAGAGCAAGGAUGGCUGUGACACCCAAGGAAAUGUACAGCAACAUCUUUCAUGUCUUCAUCCGCAUCUCGAGAGAGGAAGGGCUGAAGACCCUCUACUUCGGGUUCACACCCACUGUGCUGGGCGUCAUUCCCUAUGCGGGACUCAGCUUCUUUACCUACGAGUCGCUGAAGAGCCUGCACCGAGAGUACAGUGGCCGCCCGCAGCCCUACCCCUUUGAGCGCAUGGUCUUCGGGGCUUGUGCUGGCCUUAUCGGGCAGUCAGCCUCCUACCCUCUGGACGUGGUGCGGCGGCGCAUGCAGACGGCAGGUGUCACAGGCCACCAGCGUGGGUCCAUCCUGAAUACACUGCGCUCCAUUAUCCGUGAGGAGGGUGCAGUGCGGGGCCUCUACAAGGGCCUGAGCAUGAACUGGCUGAAGGGCCCAAUUGCCGUGGGAAUCAGCUUCACCACUUUCGACCUCAUGCAGAUCCUGCUGCGCCAGCUGCAGAGCUAGACCACACAACAGUGAAUGGUGAGCUGGUGGAUUGAGGGCAUGCAGCUGUGCACUGGCAGCCCAGUAGUACCUUGAGGAUGGGCAGGAGGGUGGGACCUGGCUUGGGGAUGCAGGGCCCAUAGCAAAGUGCUGGCCCUCAGGGUAUGACAUUGUGAUGAUGGAUCUUGGUUGUGCCCCUUCCUUCAGCUCCUUGCUAGUGGCUGGUGAGUUUCUCAGGGGCAUUACCCAAAGGUCCCUAAGGGGUCAGCUACACUUCCUGAUCCCUUCUUCUGACCUGCUGCUUAUUCUAGUGCCCACUGGCACACUGGGCUCAGAGCCCAUCCGUUCUUGCUACAACCGUGCCUGGCCUGCAGAUGUGACGGCCAUUGCCUCAAAACCACAUGCUAGAGGGUUGCGGCUUGCUUAGUGGUGGCUGUACCUGUGUCUCUCAGUCCUCUAUCAUUCUUGCUCACCGUCUUCUAGGUGACAGAUAGCUGCCCUUGCCCACAAAACUUUCUCCCCAGAGCACUAUACCCAUCUUAUUUCUGAGGGCUGCACCUGACCUUUGCCAACUAUCUGGCUUGUAACCUUUCCAGGAGGCCCCAUGGCCACCAGACAGGAGGGACAGGUACAGACCCCAUUGGAAAUGCCAAUGUGGGUCUCCCUUACCUGGGAUGUCUUCCAAAGCAUGUCGCCUGGGCCAUCAAAUAGACCCAAGGCUCUUGUUUGCACAACACCCAUGGAGAUGGGGUGCAAACUCCUGAGACUGCCCAACCCUGAACUCUGGGUCUUCUGUGGGUCCCUGGUGCCCACUGAAGCUGUUAUUCAGCCAGGCCAAAUGAAGGCCCAAGAUGGGCAGCUUGGCCUGUGUGAAUGAGUGUAGAGGUGUCUUGGGCACCUAGGGACCACCAGCCAGCUUGUCUCAAGGAGAACUCUCCUGGGGUCCCCAGAGUGUCACAGGGACUUCAUGCCUUUCUUGAGGUCUGGGGUUUUUGAUUUGGGGUCUUUGAGACCGUGCCCCCCUAGAAGCCUUCAGUGUGCUGCCUGGUCUAGCUUCCAACUUGCAGCAGCCCUCCUGCCUCUAGAAUCUAGUUUUCAGUGCAUCCUGGCACACACAGAAAUCCCUGUGCAGUCCAGCUCUGGCUCAGGUGAGCUGGGUGCUGGCUCCCUCCCACAGCUGGACGGCAGCCAUCUCACUUUGGGGCUGAGUAGGGCGGCUUGACCCUCAGGCAUUUUCAGUCUGGACAGCAGUCCUUCUCAUUCCUGUAUUUCUUACCUUGUGCCUGUGAUGCUCAGCCAUCUCCCCCUUCACAGAUGGUGAUGGGCCGUCCCCACCCUGUGGUGGCUGUGAGGGACCAUUCCCAUCCUCUUGUAAGUGUACUGUCCACUCUGUUACUUGCCUGGCCGCUACACUGAGAUGGAGAGGACAGGUAGCACCGUGUGGGUGGGAGAGGUGAGGGGGUCACAGGUCCCUGCUCUGCUUUCCCAUAUACCCCCCAGUAGCUCUGGCCUGGGGGCUCUCAACCUCUGUGGCUGCCGUCUCCCAUGGUCACUGUCCAGUCUGGAGUUCUAUUUUGAUGCCAUGAAAACUUUGUUUAUAUAUAAUGUUUAUAUAUUUUAAAGGUUUGUGCCAAAAGAGUAUAUUUAAUAAAAAUUUAAAUAAC